AUGCUCACUCCCAUUCGAGUCCGUGGCCGCAGAAAACAACCCACUGCGACACAAAAUGGGGAUAAAAAUACGCAGGCAUCUGCAAAAGCCUCGCCAAAAGCACAUGGACGACCCCUGAUGUCCUCCCAGUCCAAGCUGGCCUCCUCCCAGUCCAAAAGUACCCGACGCGUGACGCUUCUAACGGCACCCCGACCGGAGAAAAAACACGGGCUCUCACAAUUUGAACGCCUGCCUCUCGAGCUCAUCGAACGCAUAUUCCUAUAUGCGGUGAAUGUAAACCUCGCGCGGGCGUCGCCCAUGCUGCAGGCCGUCCUCUCCUCGGAACGCAUCUACCGCGUGCUCAUCCUACUUGCGUUCUGGAAUGAUCGUCAGCGGGACACCGAUCGGCCGAAGAAGUAUACCCGAGAUGUUGCGCGUAUCAUGCGACCCCUGGAUUACAAUCCGCUCCGUGAUGGGGAACGUGCCGCGCUGCAGGCGACCGUGCUGCGGUGCAGGUGGUGUACCGCGAGGCGGAUCAUGGAGCGGAUGCCGGAUCUGAUGCGGCUGAUGGUGCUGCGGGAAGGGUUUUCCGUGGAUAAAGAGCUGGACGGUUUACUAGAGGAUCUCGCCAUGGAUAAUAAUAAGGGAUCAUCGGAGGGAAGCGAGAUACAGCGAGAGAUCGAAAGGAAAGACAUCAAAUACAGCCUCGCCAUCAACCGGGUCUCGAUGCGCAUCACCUCCGCCGCCGAAACACAGCCAGAUCCCUUGGUGGUCCCUUUUCUCAGCGUGCGCAGAUUUCCCGACGCCCUCCUCCGAGGCGACCGCAGCUUUGACCAGGACGAGACUUUCCUCCUCGAGACGCUGCUUGCCGCCGCCUCCAUCGAGGGUUUCGCCUCCGUGACCCUCUCCCACGACGCCCUCCACCAUGGCAUCCAUACCGCGCUGGUCGCGAACAAUGCCCGUGCCCUGGCGUCUUUGCUCGAACUUGAUCAAUCCUAUUUUCGACGGCAAUCAAGUUCUUCAGCGACAUCCACCUCUUCUUCUUCCGAAUACUCCCUCCCAGCCGAGCAUUUCCGCACGGCCGUCCGCGUUGCCCGUUCGGAUCCCACGCUCUUCCUCCUCUUGCUGCGCGCAAACGCCGAGUCUGUACCUGCCGAUGAUGCAGAAAUCACCCAGUGGGCCAUGGAUAUGGUGGAAGGGAGGACUGUUUCCAAGAGGAAGAGCCGUUUCGGCCGCUGGUUGCUCGAUUGGAUGAUGCAUCUACCGCGUACGGGGUCAAUCUUGUUCACUUCCGGCCGAGCGAAUCCCCAAGAUGAGAUGGGACGGCGUUAUCUUGAUAUAUUUGGUGAAAGUAGCACCUAA